GCGGAGACUCCACAUGUUCGAUAAGACAGUCAGCUGCUCGGGUGAUAAAAAAAAAUAAAAAAAAGUUUGAACAUAAAUACUCUCUUGAUGGAUUUAUGUCUUAAUAUAAUUCUUUUUCACGGCUGAGACUGAAUCUUAAACUUUGUGGCCUGUCAGUGCGCUCCGGCUGAUUUUAGGUGAGGAUACAGAUCCAGACUGAGCUGCUUUGCGAUAUUUUUUUUAAUCGUAAUACUUUAAUUCAUCUGGACGCACGACAGGAGCCUUAUGACAUUACGCACAGACCGGGAUCGGGGCUGCAAAUGGGCGGUAUAGGUGGCAACCUCUACCUCAGCAUGUUGAAUGGGACUGAAACGCAAACUUUCGCAAAGAGCACCGACAUCAGCAGUCACCUGCACCGCAACGGGAAGGAUCUAGCCGAGUUUAAAAUGGGGAUUCAGGACGCGAGGUUCUACUACCCGGACUCUGUUCAGAGCGGGCAGGACGCUCUGACUCUGCCGUACCACUCGGAGCAGGCGGUGGGAGGAGGGUACGGAGCGCAGCCGGGCAGGUUUUACGCACAGACCCUCAGCAGCUGCCCCUACGGCGGCGUGCGCUCUCCGUCGAGAAGCGGAGCCGGGCAGGGUUACAUCUCGGCGGCAGGAGACGGGUUUCCUCCAGGCGGGAAAGACUUGUACUCUCCCUCUUCGGAGAAUUACCCGACAGGCUUUCAGCACGGCUACCACCAGCGACCGCCUCUCUACCCUCUACCUGGGCUACAGGUGUGCGGAAAGACGCAGGCGCUGCUCAAUAACUACCCGCUUUGGGCCAAGUUCCACAAGUUCCAAACCGAGAUGAUCAUCACCAAACAGGGGAGGAGGAUGUUCCCCUUCCUGAGCUUUAACAUCAGUCUUCUGGAUCCGACCGCUCACUAUAACGUCUACGUGGACGUGGUUCUGGCUGAUCAGCACCACUGGAGGUACCAGGGUGGCAAGUGGGUCCAGUGUGGGAAAGCAGAGGGCAACAUGCCAGGGAACAGGAUGUACAUGCACCCCGACUCUCCGAACACCGGGGCUCACUGGAUGAGACAAGAAGUUUCCUUCAGCAAACUCAAACUCACCAACAACAAGGGCAGCACCAAUAAUGUGGCACAGAUGAUCGUGCUCCAGUCGCUCCAUAAGUACCAGCCUCGUCUGCACAUCGUGGAGGUUAAGGAGGACGGAUCUGAGGACCCCUUCCUGUCAUCCAAAGCUCAGACCUUCAUCUUCCCUGAGACCCAAUUCAUCGCCGUCACCGCUUACCAGAACGCAGACAUCACUCAGCUGAAAAUAGACCACAACCCCUUCGCUAAAGGUUUCCGCGACAGCUAUGACACGCUCUACGCUCCUCCCGACUCUGACCGCCUCACCCCCUCCCCCACCGAGAGCCAGCAGCUGCUGACGGGGAGCUGCUACCCCCAGGGCUUCUUCUCCGAGCAGUACAUGAGCCCCCUGCCUCAAGGCCGCUUCAGCAUGGGCCAACAGCGCAAAGACCCCUCCCUGAGUCCGGGUCCUCACAGCCACUGGUACCUGCCUCCUCAGCAGGGCGUGACCCCCAACCGGCUGGACUUCGCCUCCUCGUACGACGGCGACUUCUCGGGAAACAGUUUCUACAAGCCGUUCCCCCUGCAGACGUCCGCUCACCACACCCUCGGCUACUACCCCGAGCAUCCUUUUGCUUCCACGAGCGUGUCAGGAGCCACGUCGGCGGGCUGGACCACCAGCCGGCCCACCCCUCAGUACCUCAGCCACUCGAGCAAGCACGGCCCCCUGGGCUGGUUCAGACCCAUAUCGUCCUCGUCUUCCUCCUCCUCGUCUUCCACGUCGCCCGGCAACCCCAGGCUGCACCCCCCCUCGCUCCUGGAGCCGCUGCAGACGCCCCUGCUGCAGGACAAACCCAAAGACUCUGCGGAGAGGGCGGCCGAGGACCCCUGGCUCGAGCCCCCCUCUGUGAAAUCAGUGGCCUCGGCCUCGGCCGACUCGGGCCUGUUCGAGGGCGUCGUCGGGGACAACAAGAAGAGGAGGGUGUCGCCGUACACGUCCAGCACCGAAAACUCCCCGCCCCCACGCAUUGGAGAAGUCUGCGAGAAAGACAGCAACAGCGACGCGGACUACUACGGCUACUACACCCACUGAUGACCCUCACUCAUAAACGACCUCGUGCAUCACCAGUCUCUCCCAGAAACCCUCCCAACUUCCUACUGGAAAAAAAAAUCCAAGAACAAGACCGCACAGUCUCCAAAAGUCUCCCUACUCGAAGUGUCAGGAGGAACUUUCAAGGUUACUGUCAAACUUCUCGUUGAACAGAAGUGGAAGUGACUGGGGACGCUGCCCUACAGUCACAUAAACACCAUGCGGACGAGCAGACCUGUGACUUUAGCCUCAGAAGCAUCUGGAGAUUUGGGGGUGGAAAAAAUGAUCUGCAUAUCUGCGUGCUGACAGACGCCUGAAGGGCUUGUCUGUUCUUCCUGCAUCAAACACUCUCUGUGUGUCUCUUCUGCUCUGUCUUGUCUCCGUCUCUUACUUCUCACCUUCAGCCACUCACACACACUCCAACAAAUAUGCUCACGUUCAUUCCCCCCCCCCGACCCCUUUCGCAGACAUUAUAUUUAACUCGCUCUCUUUCUCAUCAAUCAAUCAGGCCCUAUGUGUGUGCAGUGCAGCGCCCUCCAGUGGCCACUUAGGAGCAUAGCAUGCUGACAGUGCGGAGGCCGAGAGUUGUCUGAGUUAACUAAUGUCAGGAGGUUAAGAAGGUUUUAGUCUGCACAUGUUCUGAAGUGCUACUUGCUAAUCUUUCUCAAUCCAGCUAGGGCGAGCUUUUCUUUGUGUGUGUGUGUGUGUGUGUGUGUGUUCAGAAAUAGCAACUCCUCACACUUUACCAUCCAACAGGAAAUCGAUAGAAUGAAGGAUUUACUCUGCAGCAAAAAACACAGAGCUUGUCCCUGAAAUGAAAUUUGACAUCAUAGCCUACUGUCCACUUUAUGCUCAAAAACGAAAAUAUUCUUUCAGACGACUGAAUACAUUUUUUUUUGAAUCCGCUGACGAUCUAAACGCGUUAAAAAUAAAGCAAAGUUCACACACAAAGGAGUAAAUGGGGACGUGUUGUAGAAUAAAACUGUCCUGCAGCUUGAUUUGGAUUAUAAUCUUCAGGGUUACUCAACAUUUGGCAAAAAAAAAAACAGAACAAUUUUGACAGUAAAGAAGUCAUGUUGUGUUUGCAGAAAAAUCACAAUAUUUAUCUAAAGAUGUCUCUACAGUCUAUUAAAAAAUCCAACAUCCACCAACCUGUUCAGAUAAGAAGAACCAUUAUUAAUGUGGAAUAAAAGAGAAGAGGUCACGUUAUGAUCGCUACAAAGGGUAUCUGUCAUGUUUAGAGAUUUUCAGUGUGUAGUUGUUGUGAAAAUCCAAACUGAUAGACAGGUUGAAGAAAGAGGGAAGACUUUAUUGUUUUUUGUAAAGAUAAAAGGUGCUUUUAUAGUGAUUCAUCUGCUGGUCACAACCGGGCGUGCAUGUCAGAUUGUUGUUGACUCAGAGCCUCCCAGAUCUUAGGUGGAGUAGAGGAGUUUUCCAGCUUUUCAACCUUACGACACACAGUUCUGGUAAAGAACACCGGCAGCUUCAAAUGCAGUUUUGAGCGGCCUCUCACUGUUAUUUUGCAAAACUAGCAAUUCUUAGUAUCUCACUUGUCUAAUUCUGGGUCUGGAAACUGCUAGAUAUCAUCCAAGAAUACAUUUAAAGGUACAGUUCAAGAUCCAGCUGUAAAACUAGUCUCUCUGUCUCUUUGAGUAAAGGUCAAAUCUGGACAAAUGAUGUGAACUCCUGAUGAUAAAAUACGGCACAGACAUCCACCAAUUUGACACUAAAGUUCCUAAAAAGCUCAAACUUGAGGGCACAGCUCGACUGGAUAGAAGUUAACCAGACCAGCUGGACAGAGUAAAGAGGCCUCAUUAUAACAAAGCCUGCGCAGGCCUUUGCUUCAACCAGUCGAUGUGAAAACGCUCCUGUCACCACACACAGACAAAGCCACCGGAUCAAUAGCUGCAUCGAUAUCGACGUGACCGGAAAACAGUAUUGGCAGAGGGAAGCGUGACCGAUUUAAAUAUACAAACAAACAAACACACACACACAGAGAGAGAGAGAGAGAGAGAGAGAGAGGGUUCCUGUGCAUGAGAGGAAAAUCAUAUCAACAACAACUUAUAAUGUUUGAAUUAGUGAUAACAUUGUGUGAGAUUCUGCAGCUGCAGGUCCCCCCCCCUCCCCCUCCCCCAUACAGUAGCUGCAGCAGACGUGUGAAAAGUGGGUCAAUCAGAACGGCUCCACACACCUGCUGCAGGUAAACAGACGAGGCAGUAGUCACGGUAGGAACAGGAAGCACAAAGUGACCGGACAGGAGACACAGGAUUUCCCCCCCUCUGGUCCUCGGGGCGGAUCAUGUUGUGACAGCAGGGUGACAGAGGACCCGCUCUCCGCCCCGGUGACAGAGAUGAAGAGUGAGGCCGCAGUCGGCGCCAAUCAAAGAUCUGCUCCUCAGUCCUCGCCAGGUGUGCUAAUGGCGUCAGACAACACUGGGGGCGACAGUCAAACACUUCCUCUGGUGUGGAGCAGGCGGGGUUACUUCAGUCCUCGAUCAGGGGAUUUAAACACUUUAAAUAACCAGCAGUCAGGUUUUUUUUACAUAUAUUGAUUUACUGGUUAACAUUGGUGAACACAAACUAGAUACAUUAUUUCUGUACGUUAAAAAUGAAGCUAAAGCGAGGAGUUUAGCUUAGCAUAAAAACUUAAAGCAAAAGGAAACGGCUAACUAGCUUAGCAUUACAGAGUUCGUCUUGCAGGAAACCUUCAUUAGAGUGCAGCGUGUCAUUUUUGGACUUGAGCUUUUAUAAAAUAAAAGAAGCAAACAGUUCUGUGUUCAUGUUUGAGCGUGAAGGUGAACAUAGGUUUAAAAAAAACAAAAAAACAUUGACCUUUUUUCCUUGGAAACAUUUCAUUUAGGCCUACAGACGCAAAAAUGUAAGCUGAGCUAAUUUUAUAAAACGUUGGGGGCUUUCACUGAAGCUUCUGAAAAUAAGAGACAAUCAAAAACACGAUGCUGCAUGUACAAAAAUGUUCAAAUGCUUAAAAAAUUGAACUGAAGGGAAAGGUUAAUGUGGUGAUUUAAUGCAGGAAACAUGGUGUUUAACUUCUGCUAAAGAUGUGCUAUUUAGAAAAAGAUGAAGAUGCUUCAUGACCCUUAAGGAGGAUGUCAAAUGGACGAUUUGUUUUAAGUGCAAUUAACAAAAUUAAAUGAGUUUAAAAAAGAGCAGCGGUCUUACAAAAACAAUGUGGAGGAGUUUUAUUCACUCACUGGUUAAUGGACAUGGUCAGAUAUUUAUUUAAUGUGCUGUAGUUUGAGUCACUCCGAUUCUGCAUCGUUCAUGUGUGCAGAGUCUCCAGACACCUCAGGAACGCCCCCUGCUGGAUCAUCUCAGCACUCACAGUCAAUUUAAACUCAAGUUUAACCCUUUCAAUACCUCUGUUUCCCAUGAGUCUGUGCUCCCUCCCUGUCCACCUCAUGGCGAGAAAAGACUUUGUGAGUGAGACUCUGUAAAAAAGGAGCAAAGAGGGCGAGACGAGGUCGAGCAGGAAGUGUGUUUCUUUUUGUGUGUGUGUGUGGUCCAUGUGCACUGUUUGUGUCGAGGGAGAAAAUAACCUCAGAUGAAUCUUUCUUUUGAGAGCCGAUGAAAUGUGAUGCGUACAAAUAAGAGAUUUUCUGAAGGGUAAAAUUGUUAUUUAUUAAAAGGUGGCAUAAUUGUG